UCUAUAUAACUCCGAGCUUGGGGAGUCCAAAUAAAAGCCAAGCGGACAGCACCACUUGCGGACUCACUGUGCACGUUUCCAAACCACUUUUUGCAAGAUUGAAAAGCAGAGAAAAUGUGUAAGGGAUUAGCAGCCUUGCCCCAUACGUGCCUGGAAAGGGCUAAAGGCAUCAAGACUAAAUUGGGAACUCUGCUCCAGAAGCCAGAGAAUUCCAUCGACCUCAUCAUCCCCUACUCGGAAAAGCCGGAGAAGAAACCCGAAAAGGCUCAGAGGCCGUCCCCCGAGGAAGCCCUGCAGUGGCGGGAGUCGCUCGACAACGUGCUGAUGAGCAGCUAUGGCCUGACCAUUUUUAAGAGCUUCCUGAAGUCUGAGUUCAGCGAGGAGAAUGUCGAGUUUUGGGUGGCUUGUGAGGACUUCAAGAAGACUAAAUCCCCGAUGAAGAUGGCCAUCAAGGCUAAGAAGAUCUAUGAGGACUUCAUUCAGUCUGAAGGCCCAAGAGAGGUGAACAUCGACCAUGUGACCAAGGACAUCACCCUGAGGAACUUGGUGAACCUCUCCGCGGGCACUUUCGACCUGGCCCAGAAGCGCAUCUACGCUCUGAUGGAGAAGGACUCCUUCGCUCGGUUCCUCAGGUCCGACCAGUACCUGGAAUUAAUUAAGUAACUGCUUGUUUCCAUGGCUGUUAAGCUAUUGACACCAGCUGGAUUCUUGUCAAGCAAAUCUGGUACAACUGAAUAAUACUAUUUCUAUAGAAAAAUAUAUAUCAUUUCAUGCUACUCGUCAGGGGCAGUAAUAUUUAGUGGUGAACUUGUCUAUUUAAAUAAAAUGCUAUUGACUGUAGACUUUAUUAUUCAGUUUACUCUCAUAACGUCAGCCUUUAACCAGCAUAGAGCUCUGAUGCAACAUUUAGGCAUAUAAGACCAAAUGCGGAUUCAAUAAACCGUUAAUAAAAUCAGUUUGAGUAUGCAUAUCGAUUAGAUUACUGCAUCUAUUUCUAUGUAGUUUAUAUUUAAAAACCAAGAUCAUCAUUCUGAAACCUAUCCAAGUACGUCAUGUUCUGAAUGAAGAGGGAACACUAAAUUACCAUUAUGUCAUCUUGUGGAGAGUAUUUGUCUUGUAAAAUCACUUGUUAAGCUAAACAACAGUAAAUGGUCAACAGCCUGCAAAAUUCGGAGUUAAAGAUGCUUAGAUGUGAUCCCCAGGAUGGAGACAAACACGUCUGCUUAGGGGCACUACGAGGUUUGCAGGAUGUUUUUCUUAAGGAAGAAUGUCGUGAUGCAGUUUCGGAUGUUCUUGGGUCGAUGUUACCUGGGGAUUUAAGUAAACAGGUCAAGAGGUAUUUUGAACGUAAUGUAACUUUAUAUUCAUAUUAUGUAUUAAUAAAUGAUACAUUGGACCUUUAAUAUCUUUAAACCAAUAAAAUUCUUUAAAUAUA